AUGGGUACGGUGCUGUCGCUGUCACCCAGCUACCGCAAGGCAGUGCUGUUUGAGGACGGCCCGGCCACGGUAGGCCACUACACAGCAGUCCAGAACAGCAAGAACGCCAAGGAUGCUGCUGCAGCAGCCGCCAAGUCCCUUAAACGCCCCUCUAUCAUCAAUGUGUUGCCAUGGAAGCGCAUCGUGGCUGUAUCGGCAAAGAGGAAGGGCUCCAAGAAGCUGCAGUCCGACGCCGGCGACGGUGGAAAAGGGAGCUCUCCGGAGGGCCACGCCACUGCCAUGACCAACUCAGCCUGCAAUAGCUUGAAGCUGAAGAAGUCUCAGUCCUGCGCUAACCUCUCAUCCUACUCGUCAAGCCAGGACCCCUCGGCCACUACCACCACUACCUCCUCCCACCUGCCCACCUCCAAGACCCUGGCCAACGUAGUUACUGUCGCUGCCAAAAAGAAUUCCCUCACAGGCUCCGGGAUCCAGCCGUCUACUGCAGCCGGCACACCAAAGCGUGUCAUCGUCCAGGCCUCCACCAGUGAACUGAUGCGCAGCCUGGGCGAGUUCCUGUGCCGUCGGUGUUACCGACUGAAGCGUCUAUCCCCGACAGAUCCGGUGCUGUGGUUGCGCAGUGUGGACCGCUCCCUCCUCCUUCAGGGCUGGCAGGAUCAGGGCUUCAUCACGCCGGCCAACGUGGUCUUCCUCUACAUGCUGUGCCGUGACGUGGUCUCGUCCGAGGUGGCCUCGGAGCGCGAGCUGCAGGCCUCGCUGCUCACCUGCCUCUACCUGUCCUACUCCUACAUGGGCAACGAGAUCUCCUACCCGCUGAAGCCCUUCCUGGUCGAGGCGGAGAAGGAGGCCUUCUGGGACCGCUGCCUGGAGAUCAUCAACCGCAUGAGCGGCAAAAUGCUGCAGAUCAACACCGACCCGCACUUCUUCACCCAGGUGUUUGCUGACCUGAAGAACGAGAGCAAGAAAGAGGAGGAGAAGACCAAACUCCUCAUAGGCCUUGACCGAUAA